UAAUAUCGUUCGGCCUUUCUCCCACCAUUUAAUUGCAAUUUUCUAACCCGUUGUCUACCAACAGAACUUUUAUUAACAGGGCUUAAUGCACGAAUAGCAUUGGCAACUGUUAAUUAAUAUAUAAUAUAAACUAAGGAAUAAUUUUUAGGGCGCUGCAGCGUCGAGUAAAGGAUGCACCUAGAGGUGUCACUCCGCGUACUGCGCUGCCUGCUGCGGGCACCGCCCACGGCCACGCCUUCACACGUGACGUCACGAAGCCUCACCACCACAUUCACCGGCCCCUGGAAUUACGUCCGCGGUCAACGAUGCAAUCCAGCCACAGUCGACGGAAGAGUAAUCAAGGUGCUGGAGCCAGCGACGGGCGGUGUGCUGUGCGAGGUGCCCACGUCUGACGCGGCCGCCGUGGACGACGCCGUGACGUGUGCGCACGCUGCCCUGCCCGCCUGGCGACAGUUGUCGCUGCGGGAGCGAGGCAGGCUGUUGAUGCGGGCUGCCGCCGUCAUCAGGGAGAACUUGCAUGACAUCGUCAACCUCGAGGUUCGCGACACCGGUAAGCCCAUCUGGGAAGCUCGGCUCGACAUCGAGUCUUGCGCUGACGCCUUCGAGUUCUACGGUGGCAUAGCGCCCUCGGUGGCGGGGCAACACGUGCCGCUGGCUAACGGGAGCUUCGCGCUGGUGGUGCGCGAGCCGCUGGGGGUCGUGGCCGGCAUUGGGGCCUGGAACUUCCCCAUGCAGACCGCCGUCUGGAAGGUGGCGCCGGCGCUGGUGUGCGGCAACACGUUCGUGUACAAGCCUUCGCAGUUCACGCCCGUCACCGCCGUCACGCUCGCCGAGGUGCUGCGUGAUGCCGGCGUCCCCGACGGCGUCUACAACGUCGUGCAGGGCGAGGGCGAGACCGGGGGCCUCCUCGCCCGCCACCCGCUCGUUGCUAAGGUCUCCUUCACGGGGUCUGUGCCUACAGGCGUACAGGUUAUGAGGGAUGCGGCGGCGGGGGUGAAGGCCGUGACGCUGGAGCUGGGAGGGAAGGGUCCCCUCAUCGUCUUCCCCGACGCCUGCCUCGUCAACGCCGUCAAGGCUGCGUUGAUGGCCAACUUUCUGUCACAAGGACAAGUUUGUUCUAACGGCACUCGCGUGUUCGUCCACCGCUCCAUCCUCGGCGAGUUUACAGACAAGUUGGUGACCGCGACACGGAAGCUAAAGAUCGGUAACCCUUUCGACGACGACACCACUGUUGGUGCCACAAUUCACGAAGAACACGCUAGGAAAGUACUCUCCUACAUUGACUCUGCCAAGAGAGAGGGCUGCCGCGUGCUGUGUGGCGGCGAGCGUGAACUGCUGACCGGUCCUCUGGCAGGAGGCUGGUACCUGCAGCCUACCGUCCUGGCAGACUGCACUGACAGCAUGAAGGUGGUGCAGGAAGAAGUGUUCGGGUCAGUCGUGGCGCUGCUGGUAUUCGACGAUGAAGAAGAAGUCGUCGCGCGCGCCAACAACACCGACUACGGCUUGGCCGGUGCCGUCUUCACCAAAGACCUGCAGCGAGGUCACCGUGUGUCGGCAGCGCUGCAGUGCGGUACUGUGUGGGUGAACACGUACAACCUGUACCCGACUGAGGUGCCCUUUGGGGGGUACAAGCACAGCGGUGUGGGACGCGAGUGUGGGACCGCAGUUAUAGACGCCUACACCCACACCAAGACCACAUAUGUGGAGAUGGGCGAUGUGGACUGUGGCCCUUUGUAUCAGGACUGAGACUUGAAGAGGUCUUAGCUUGUAGGCUGUGAGAUGGCGCUCUGUAGAAGAUGAAGACUAGACUGUCUCUUCUGCCCAGACUGUGAAGCGUGAACGAAGUGCCUUUGAACGAAGUGCCAUUUGGAGCCUUUUCUUACCUUGUGUUUCUUGAAUAAUUUCCGUGUGAAUAAUUUCUGUGUAUUUUGCCUGCGGGAAUUUUAUUUAAUCAAGAGAUUUAGAAAAUAUUUUGCUUCGUUGGUUCUUAUGUUCCCAUUUAAAGAUGAAGGGACUGCGAGGCCCAACAUAACGAGUAACUUUAUAUUUGCGAGAAUCUUGGACCCCAACUUUCUACAACUCGCGAUUAAAAUCAAAGUCGAUAGGUAAGUGAAAGUUCCCUUCGUAUUACGGAGGACUUAACUAAAUUUGAAUGAAGUUUCGUCAGGCCUUUAAUAUUUUUUUCAAAGUGUUAUUUUCAAAUCAUGUUUUAGGUUUAUAUUGAAUCGAUUGCCUACCGACAUUCUAUUGCAAUCACAAGCAAAUCCUUCGUGCUCUCCUUGCAAAAGCCUGCCUUUUACUCGUUAAAAUGAAGUUGAAGGCUACUCAUCUUUAUUCUUAACCAAACCUCCGGGAAGUAUCUAUGUGUCACAAAUCAUAAUUAUCGAUUUAUUAAUCGGUAUUUGUGGGGUAUUGUUAACGUGUCUCCGUUUUUACGUGCCGUCAUGUAUACGACCGGCUUCUUUAAGGAGUUCAUUUCGUUUAGGGUUUUCUCCAUUUGGUGAUUUGAGUCUUUGGGAAAUGUUUUAAUGUCUGUUGCCGACCAACGGACCUGUAAUUUUGGAAUUGAUUUAAUAAUUUCAUGGAAUUCAUUUCUCCAAUUAUGAACUGUUUGACAUAAGGUACGAUGAGAUGAAUCAAAAUAUUUGUUUACAUAUCUUGGCAAGUUGGCAAUUUGUUUCCAAUUCAGAAUGUUCGAUAGAUUUCUCCGUCUUUACUGUAUGAAUGUUUUGUUACACAUAUUUACAUAUAUAUUUUUAUUCAUAGUUGUUUCGGUUAUGAUGCCUACGGCGUUGAAGUGCAUGCUAGCGUGGGCUGACUCAUGGUUGAAAUAAUACAACCAUGGGCUGACUACUCUACUGUUGCGUCGGCUUACUCUAUAAACUUAUUCCAGUUGUGAGGUAUUAUCGUCGUGUUUUGCCUGUGGGAACUUUAGUAUUUUCUCAAAUUCUAAUUUUCUUUAUAAAUUCUUUAUUUCUAAACUUGUUUUCAUUGCAGCAGGGAUCAAAAAAUAAGCUUCUGUGCAAAAUAACAACUUCGUUGAGUUCUA